AUUAUUAUAAGAGACACAAUAAUUCUAAAAUUACAGUUGAAAUUCUCUUUAUGUAAUCUCAGGAGAUCAUUCCGAUCAUCCUAUUCAUCAAUAACCAUUUCUGGGAUAUUUUACAAAAAAGAAAUAUUUACGAUGGCAGCACUGAGGAACACAAAUAAAUAAGAAAAAGAAGCCAAACAAAAGUAAAUAUAACCUAACUUACUUUUAAUGGCUAUAAAUUUUUAAAAAUGUUUUUUUUCUUAUUUAUUUCUUUAUUAAGUUUCUUAAGCAUAAAUACUUCUAUAAUAGGAGUUCCCCUUUUAAAAUGGGUUAACAGAAGUACAUCUCAAGAAAGAAAACUAAUAGAAAAGCGCAGUGAAUUAAAACAACAACAGUCUAAUAUACCAAUGGUGGAUAAUUUUGCUAAAUUUUCCAAAAUUCAAAGAAAGAUUAAUAGUGUUGACCAGGAAUUAGAAGAAAUACAAAAACAGAAGAGUGACAAAAUAUUCCUGACAAAAAUACUGUCUUCUUAUGGUUUAAAAGUUAUUAUAGGGACAGCGUUAUUCUUUUUCUCAUAUUAUUAUAGAUUUUCUCCCAUUUUACAUUUAAAUGAAAAGUACAAUUUGUUUCCAUUGUCAAAUAUUAUUGCUUAUCCUAAUGAACCAAACACUGUUUCUGUGCAUUUUUGGAUUGUUUGCUGUACUACUGCUGCAAGAGCAAUUCAAAACUGAUGUUAAAAUUAGACGUUAUUGUUAUUAACUUUAUAAUAAACUACAUUUUUAUUUAGUAAAAUGUUUCCUUUAGAAGAGUAAGGUACUUUAAAUAUUGGAUUGGUUUGGUAGUUACUUUGGAGACGACUCAUCUUUUUAACAAUAUAAAAACGAGACACUUUUUUAUUAUCACUUUAUUUUGAUAAUAAAAAAGUAUUGUUUUUAUUUUAUAAGAAAUACAUACUUAUUAAUACGCAUGUUUAAAACAACUUUAUAUAAAAUAUUUACUAUUUAAACGAAUAAAUAUAAAAAAACAUUUUACUGUAAAACGAAUACAAGGUAUAUAUUAUUUUCUGUAUAACUUACAAUUAAGUAAUAAACUAUAUAUGAAAA